GAUACGUGCGGAGGAACACCGUCGUGGUGGUGGAUCGUCAUCUUAGCGCAACUGUACAGUACAGCAGCUCGCUGCCAGGCACGUCCUAGGACCUUCAGGUUUCAGCGGAGAACUUGUAAACUCACGUUGUUAUGGGAGAAGGAGGAGAUUAUAAACCGCUGCGCAUGAGACCCACUGUGUCAAUUUGCUAACUGAAAGCUUUGGCAAAGAAGGAAGGAAGGAAGGAGAUUGGAUAAACUGUCCCUAUCGUCCAGAUUAGGCCAUUGAAGACGUCUAUGUGCACCCAGUUGUAAGCACGCAUCAUGGAUGACGACCUGAUGUUCAGCAUGGAGGAGGAGGGCAGCGCCCAGAGGCCCUCUGCUCAGAGAAACGGUGUCAAACAGAGGGCUUCCUCCCUCAGCGAUGCCAAUGCCAGCGAGGACGAUGACGACGAAGAAAACUUCAUCUCGCCCAUUCUGGGUGACUCUGCUAAAGAAGUCUGCAACUACCUGAAAGACCUGGCUUACACACGGCAGCUUUCAAACUCGCUUCCGCAGAGCAACUUCCUAUACAGGCAUGAAACAGGGGCAGAGCAUCGAUCGUACACUGUAAUUUCUGAGAGCGCACGGUCGGCAUGGAUAAAUGCGAUCGAGAAAGCCCGAGCCAUGCCCGACCCCUGGGCGCAGUUUCACCUGGAAGAGAUUGAGACUGAACCCUGCAUUCGAUACAGGUAUAGUGCCAUCACAGGAGAAUGGGCUCAAGACCAGAUCUACAUCAAGAUGGCGGCACAGCCCUUUGGGAAAGGAGCCAUGAGGGAGUGCUUCAGAACCAAGAAGUUGUCCAACUUCUUACACAGCAGCAACUGGAAGUCUGCAUCCAACUACGUGGCCAAGCGCUACAUGGAGACCGUGGACAGGGAGGUCUACUUUGAGGACGUCCGACUGCAGAUGGAGGCCAAACUCUGGGGGGAGGAGUACAACCGGCACAGACCUCCCAAACAGGUGGACAUCAUGCAGAUGUGUGUGAUGGAGAUGACAAACAGGCCUGGAAAACCACUUUUCCAUCUGGAGCAUUACAUCGAGGGGAAGUACAUCAAGUACAACUCUAACUCUGGCUUCGUGAGGGACGACAACAUCCGACUGACUCCACAGGCCUUCAGUCACUUCACCUUUGAGCGCUCGGGCCACCAGCUGAUUGUGGUGGACAUCCAGGGAGUUGGGGACCUCUACACAGACCCUCAGAUCCACACAGAGAAGGGGACAGAUUUUGGAGAUGGAAAUCUGGGUGUUCGAGGCAUGGCUCUGUUCUUUCACUCGCACCUGUGCAACAAGAUCUGCAAGAGCAUGGGCCUGACACCUUUCGAUCUUUCCGAGCCAGAGACGUGCCAGCUGGACUGCACCAACAAGCUUUUGAAGUCAGCGAAGACGGUGUUGAGGGGCUGCGAGGAGGUCUGUGGCUCGCCUCGCGUGCGUACCUGGUCCGCUAGCCGGGUCCCUCCAUUGCUAUCCCGCCUGUCCGAGCCCUCGUCGGCAGACGAGAGCGCGAGCGACGUGGAGUCAAUCCCCUGCUCGCCUCUCAGCCUCCCCUUCUCUCCCAUUGUGCCACCUGGAUCCAUGGUUAAAUCAUUUUCAGGCUUGUCUCUUUCUGGAAUGUAUGAACACGACAGGCUGAACAAUAACAACACAGCUGAUUACAAGGACUCGGAGAGCGGCGGAGACAGCGGCUACCCCAGCGAGAGGAGGAGUGAAGGGGAUCCAAAUGAUCACGUAGACGGGGCCCAUCACCGCUACCACAGACCUUAUUCCGAGUCGGAUGACGACAGCAUCAGACGGAGGAAGAUGGUAGCUCCUCCGAGAGUCUCAACAAACUUAAACUCACAAAGUCCCGGCAACGAAGGGCUGACAGACGACAAGUGGAGCUUCUUCCACUCUUCUCGUGCCCACGUCCACCGACCUUCUUGCGUGGCCACUGAGGUGGACCGUCUGAACUCUCUGCUGCAGAAGAAGAUCGGUCAGUCAAUCCUGGGAAAGGUCCACCUGGCCAUGGUCCGCUACCAUGAAGCAGGUCGGUUUUGUGAGAAGGACGAGCAGUGGGAUCAGGACGCAGCCAUGUUCCACCUGGAGAGAGCAGCCCUGUGUGGAGAGCUAGAGGCCAUAGUAGCCUUAGGAAAAUGUUAUCUGCAGCUGCCUCAUCACAUUCUCCCAGACAUGGAGGUGGAGGAUAACGCAGGAAACAGGAUGAAGGGAUUUAAGUAUCUGCUUCAGGCUGCUGAGGCUGGAGACAGAUCUUCUAUGAUCAUAGUGGCCAGAGCCUUCGAUACUGGAGUCUGUCUGUCUGCUGACAGAAAGCAGGACUGGGCUGAAGCGAUCCACUGGUAUGACAGUGCUCUGAACAUGAUGGACUAUGAUGAGGGCGGGGAGUUCGAUGGCACGCAGGACGAGCCUAGGUACUUGCUGCUGGCCAGAGAGGCGGAGAUGUACCAAGAGGGAAGCUUCAACCUCACCGCAGAUCCACAGAAAGCAGGGGAUCUGUUUACAGAAGCCGCGGAGGCAGCCAUAGCAGCUAUAAAAGGUCGCCUGGCCAACCAGUACUACAUGAAAGCUGAAGAGGCCUGGGCACUGGUCGAGGAGUAAUCAUGGAGACAUUAUCGAUCCCCUUGAAGCCUGUGGCAGUUUAUGAGUCACGUGGAUUUUUGCACAUUCAGCAUUUUACCCUGAAUGAUUAUCGUUUACAUAUUUGUACAACAGACUUUUUACUGUUAGCGGUUUGCGUGUGUGUGUGUGCUAAGCCAUCAGACUUUUCUCUGCCUGUUCCCAUCUCGUUUUUCUGAGGCUAAUCAUCCUGUCCUACUAUUCCCUUUAAUUUCCUGCACUCAUUAAAUUUUAUUUAAGUCAAUAUGGUUGUGUAAAUUAAAAAAACGGUCUAGAGAAUCAGAACAAAGAAAAAUGUUUACUUAUUUUCCCCUUCUAAUGUUAUUAAACUAAUGUUGGAAGAGUAUGACGGUAUAAAAUAAAGUCGCUUUUUAUUAGUCUUGAUUUAUUUGUUUUUUUUUUCUUGCCCAGUCCGACUGAGUUGUAUCGAGUUUUAAAAUUCUCUCAGAUUCUUACCUUUCCAAAAUAAAGACAUCACUUGGCUUUGUCA